UGAGAUAGUUGAGGGGGCGCUUCGAUCAUCUUUACCUCGGAAAGACACUAGAAUAGCGCGUUUCUGUUAAGAUCUUUCAUGUCUCGUUCCUCAAGAAAGACGUCAACCUCGUCCAAGAGCACCACUAGCAUCCGUUAGUACCUCGGCGUCUCAAAAUUAGGAAGCGCGCAGCCAUACCACAAUCCCACAUCUUUUUUCUCCGUGCGCUAGAAUACUACGACGGUAUUCUGAUCCUUCAAAGGUUACAUCCAAUCGAGUCGGGACGUUCGACGAGGCUUUCAAGUCCCGCAUCCAACUUGCUCUUCGCUAUGAGAAUCUCUGCAUCAGCCAGAGGCGGAAAAUCUGGCGAAACUUUAUGAAUCGCAUCAAGACCCUUGAAGACGAGGAAUCUAAAGUUGAUGUAGACGAUAUCAUGGACCACAUAGAGGAUCUUAGCAAGGAAGUGAUGAAUGGAAAGGAGGUCCGGAACGCUAUUACGACUGCAAGGCAGUUGGCGCAGUUCAAAGACGAGCCGUUUCGCUAUUCCCACCUAAAGCAUGUCAUUGGAGUGAGCGGGAGAUUCGGGAAGUACUUGAAGGAUCUCCGCAUGGGCUUGACGGAUGACGAUAUUAAGCUGGAUGGUGGGCUACGGUUGUCUUACAAGGCGGAUGCCGUUUGCGAGAGCGGAUAAUCAUGACGAGCGUAAUGACGAUUUGGGUGUUGACUCCGAUCAAUAAGGGUGCGAAAUUCCGCCUCUACUUCUUGCUAUUACUGCCUUCUAUGGAUGAUAAAGUGGCAUAGACUAGGCUUGGGCUGUGAUGGAUUGAAAGACAUCGUUUCUGACAAAUAUAGGAGCUGCAAUUGGGAGCCUUGCCCUCGUUAGUCUUGUUGUCAUGAAUACACUCACCACAAGCAUAGAUGAUUCGACCCAUUUUACAUAAAAUAGUGGAG